AUGAUCAUCACCGUGUGCUCCAGCCCUGCCCAUGGCCAAAUUGCCAAGAUGGACCUGGUCAUUAGCAUGACGGCAGUUGCCUUUGGUGCUAGGGGCAGCUAUGUGACAGACGCAGUCACUGAGCGGGUCUCGACUGGGCCUGGCGGCCGACUGCUGAGCGCCAGGGGCUUGGAGCCAUCGGAGCACGCUGAGCACGGCGAGCAGUUCAACGACGCCGGCGGCGGCCUCGGCUACAAGACGCUGUUGACCCAGGGGGUGCGCAAGAAAGUGAACAGCUCCUCUUUCUCCGAUGGCGCCAACGGCGAUGUGCUGGUCGCCGAGGAGUCUUUGGAUUUACUGUGCGAGCUGCUGUGCAUAAGGGCGAGCGCCUUUGCGCAGAUGCAGCAAUACUCCGACACGCUGGCAGAUGCUGAAGAGCUCAGCAGCCUCCAGCCGACCUGUGCUGAUGGAUACUACUGGCAGUGCGUUGCGAUGCAAGGCCUGGGCCGGCAUCAGGAAGCGCUGGAGGCGCUGAUGUCUGCUCUGGAAUACGAGCCGCAGAACGCCUUCUACCAGCAGUUGCUAACGGCACUCUUCGAAGACGUCUCGGACACAGAGCCCCGGGGCAGCCUUUCUGGUAGCCAGAAGGGACGUCCCGGCAGCAGCCGCGACGACAGGGGCGCGCGGACCGAAGAGACAAACUCCGCGAGGGAGGUCUUGCCCCGGCCGCGAGGGACUGGCGUGCGCGAUGCGCUGAGUACCACCACACAGGCGACCCACCUCAGCAGCCGCAGCACGACGCCCACGGAGGUCUCGGAAGUUGUGUCGAGGUCGUCCUCCAAUGACAGCCUCUAUGUGGAUAGCGCGGCCUUUGAAGAGAAUGCCUAG